GAGAAGGCAAGACACGAUUAUAUAAACGGAUGAUCGGACCAGGAAGACCUCCGAACUGUGGACUUCGGCUCUGAUUUACCUUGACGAACAUCCAAAAUUGACAUCGAAGGGAGACUGAGGACGAGAACAAGACGCCAUGGCAUGUGGACACCGCCAGUUGUUGCAACUUGUGGUGGCCCUCAUAGCAGCCCAAAUGGUGGCCACGUACACCUACCAAAACUGCAUCGAGGACCAGCACUCAAAAAAGCAAAGCUUCAAAUGCAUGAACCGGAAGAAUGCAAACAUAUCCGCCAUUUUGUAUGGCCUCCCAGAGUCUGUCGUCAAUCUUACCAUCUCGAGAAAUUAUAUCCGGAAAAUUCCAGACAAGGCCUUUAUUAAUUUCCACAACAUUCAGCAGCUCCAAUUGGACAACAACCACUUGAACACUAUCGACGAGUUUGCUUUCCACAACUUACAUCAACUUCAGUAUCUUAAUUUGUCCUUCAACAACUUAUCCCAACUGAGCUCCUCACUCUUUAGGAGCCUACAGAAUCUCACUUUUCUCUCGCUGAGAGGCAAUAAAUUACAGCAGCUGCCAGAGGAGAUUUUUUCGGCUGUCUUCAAGCUCGACACGUUAAUACUGACGAAAAACCUCCUAACCAGCUUUUCAGCGAUUGUUGAGUCUGUGUCACACUUAAGCAAACUGCAAACACUGGACCUUUGUUUCAACAAGUUGACCUCUCUGCACCACUCCAAUGUUUCCCUUCCCAAAUCUCUUGGUAAAUUAUUAAUCUGUAAUAACAAUCUUUCCAAAUUAGAAUGUGAUACUUCCUUCCUCAGAUGGGUUUGGCUUUUGGAUCUGUCUUACAAUUCCGAACUACAGGCAAUGGCCUUUAAGGGAAUGGACCUUAUGCGAACCAACUACCUGAACCUGCGCUCAACCCGGGUAAAGGUAGCGACGCUUUUAAACAUCACCAAGAUCAACUUUGGUCAUGUGGACUUUACUGGCACAGGUCUACACAAUGACAGUCUGCUCAGGGAGUUGUGCAAGAUGCUGAGUUGUAAGGUGCCAAGUAUUAAAAAAAUGCGUCUGGGUGUCAAUAACAUUAGAAUCCUAGACUCGGACACACUGUCUGACUGCCCAAAGAUCAGUGAGUCUCUGGAUCUAUCACACAAUAGUCUGACUUCAAGGAACAAUGACGGAUUACACUGUUUUGGUUUUCUGGGGAAGAAUGUUUUUUUGAAAAACAUUAACUACGAACAUAACCAUCUGACAGCCCUGAAGACUUGCAGGAUAAAGAAGCGUUUCUAUAGUAUUGAAAACCUCAGCUUCCGCUAUAACCGCAUCUUCUCGAUCAGUAAAAAUGCUUUCAUUCACACACCAAACAUCAUAACCCUACAGUUAAACAUCAACAAUGUUGCUUUACUUGAUAAACAUGCGCUGGGUGGACUAAAGAGGCUUGAGACGCUGCGUUUGGACAACAACCUCUUAACCGACUUGUUCCAAUCCACUUUUAAAGAUUUGAUUGCUCUGCAAACCCUCAACCUGCGCAACAAUCGUAUAUCGGUCAUUUUCAACAAAACCUUCCAUAGCCUUGGCAAGCUGACAAUACUGGACCUCGGGGGGAAUAAGAUCAGUAAUUUUCAGUCAUCUGCACUUAUGGGACUCAAAAGUCUCUCAAAAUUCUACGUGGAUGGAAACAAUCUGAAAAAUAUUGACAUGUCUCUCCAUCACGUAUUUCAGGAUACACUGACAGUGUUGGACUUACAAAAAAAUUUGAUUCGCUUUUUAAAGCAAAAUGUCAAACCACCAUUUGUGAACUUCAGUAAACUUCAAGAUUUGAAGUUGGGUGGCCAGCGUCCACACGGCCUCACGCUUUUGCCUCCCGCUUUUUUCCGCGGCCUCGGCAACCUGACUUCUCUUUAUCUCACCAACAACCAAAUCUCUGACAUUGCAGACAAUGCCUUUGACGACCUGACAAGUUUGCACUUCCUCACGCUGGAUGGGUGCUGCAAUGGGAAUAUGGCGCUGAAACCGGGAGUCUUUAAAAACCUUAAAAAAUUGGCCGUAUUUAUUUUAGAGAAUGCUGGUAUUCAGACCUUCUCAAAAGAUGUUUUUGGCAAUCUGACCAAGUUGAACAAGCUGCAGCUCAAUCACAACGGCAUGCAGAGCUUUGAUGUCGAGGCGUUGGAAAGUCUUCCCAGUCUGCGCUACUUGGACAUACGCAACCUCCCUCUCAGUUGCACCUGCAGCAACAGCUGGUUGCAAAACUGGACGCUGAACAACCCAAAUGUCCAGGUGGUAUACGUUUACAAUCUGUCGUGCCCAAAAGGUGAGAAAGACAGCUUCUACAACUAUGACACCAGAGUCUGCUACAUCGACCUCGCAGAGUAUCUUUUCUUUAGCACAGCAGCCGUGGCCGCUCUGUUCAUGGCCGUCCCGAUACUUUACGUCAAGCUUUACUGGAAAAUGAAGUAUGGCUACUAUGUGUUCCGUUCCUGGUUUGGUGAGCAGUGGCGCAGGCUUAAAGAGGAGGAAGAGAACUGCGCGUUUGACGCAUUUAUUUCCUAUAACUCCAACGACGAAGAGUGGGUCAUGGAGCAGUUGCUGCCCAACCUGGAGGGCAACGGCUCGUCAUUUAAACUUUGCCUACAUCAUCGGGACUUUGAGCCUGGCCGGGACAUCGUGGACAAUAUUGUCACAGCUGUGUACGGUAGUCGCAAAACCAUUUGUGUCGUGAGCAGGAAUUUCCUCCAAAGUGAGUGGUGCUCCCUGGAAAUCCAACUGGCCAGCUACCGGCUCUUUGACGAGCACCGAGACGUCCUCCUGCUCAUCUUCUUGGAUACUAUCACCGAGCGCCAAAUGUCCUCUUACCACCGCAUGAGGAAGGUCAUGCUGAAGAAGACGUAUCUGCGGUGGCCCGGCUCAGAUGGCAUUAAUCCCAUGGAGGCCCAAGACUUGUUCUGGAAUCAGCUUCGUAGGGCGAUGAAGACAGGGAGCAAAGUGGAAACGGAGUCCGAUGACGUCGAAGACGGUGGUGCUGCUCCGGACAACUACGAUUUCAGAGAUUCUGAUACUCACACUCUGAUUGCCGACGAAAACUUUUAUGCAUCUUGAAAUUUGAUCUGUAUGUCUUUCUACAACACUGUGAUAUUGCAAUGCUUUUCUAGUUUACUGUACAGUAGAACCUUCAAAGUCAAAACCCAUCCAUCCAUUUUCUACCGCUGGUCCCUUUCGGGGCCGCGGGAGCCUAUCUCAGCUACAUUCGGGUGGAAGGUGGCGUACACUCUGGACAAGUCGCCACCUCAUCGCAGGGCCAACACAGAUAGACAGACAACAUUCACACUCUAGGGCCAAUUUAGUGUUGCCAAUCAACAUAUCCCCAGUUGCAUGUUUUUGGAGGUGGGAGGAAGCCGGAGUACCCGGAGGGAACCCACGCAGUCACGGGGAGAACAUGCAAACUCCACACAGAAAGAUCCCGAGCCCGGGAUUGAACUCAGGACCUUUGUAUUGUGAGUCACAUGCACCAAUUCCUUUAAAUCUCUAAAAACAAGGCUCAAAGGUUUGAGUGGCAUCACAUUGGAGCACAACAAAUCUGAUGAGAUUUUUUUUAAAUUACAAAACAUUAAUUUCAGCAGUUGCUAUAAAAUAAUACUUACCAGUAGUUACAUUAUCACUCUGCAAAAAACAGCCUGUAAAUGGUAUUUUCGAAAGGUUGACACUUAGUUUUACGAUACACUUCAUUUCUUUUUCCAAUGAUAUAUCAGUUAGGAUUGUUCAAAUAAUAAUAAUAAUAAAUAAUAAUAAUAAAUAACUAAAUAAUUUCCAAUUAGUAGUGUAAAAAAAAAAUCACUUUCAGAUUAAUCGCGAUUCUUAUCUGUAACGAUUCUUAAUUUUAAAAAAAUAAAUUAAAAAAUAAUUUUUAAACCUUUUCAUUUUUUGCCCAGUCCAGCCCCUCAGGAAAAUCAUAUUGUUGAUAGAGAUGCCCAUAUCUGCAGUACAUAUUUACUAUAAAAAUGAGAAGUGUUGGAUACUAUUCUUAUUGCCUCAUUAGUAUUUGACUUUAUUACAUGUUUAGGGAAGCAUUUUAUUAAACAGAACCAGUUUUCUUUUAAUUAAUUUAGAAAUUGAUCAGGGCUGUUUAUGUAUUUUAUGGUGAAAUGUAGUUAAUCAUAGAACAGCAUCCAACGUUAUGAAAAAAAGUAUAGAUUUUGAAUAGAGAAUCGUUUUAAAUCGAGAAUCGUUUCUGAAUCAAAUGGUCACCCUCAAGAAUCGAAUUGAAUGGCAUUGUGUGGUGCCCAAAGAUUCCCAGCCCUUUUUCCUAUAUAUAUUUUAUGUAUGAAUAAAAAACAACUUCCUG